UGUGACUCAUAUAUGUGGGGUCAAAGUUUAUGAUGUUGUUUUGAGGAUACCCAUCAAUUAUUUGACUGACGACAAUUUGAAAAGUACUUUGUAUGCGGGAAGACACAUGAUUAAAUGUUUUCAAUUAAGAGAUGAGCACACGUUCUACUUCAUGGAGUAUCAAGAUAUACGUGCCCAGUUUGUAGCAAUCAUCUACACUUCAUAUGACUCUCGAGAUGCUAAUGUAGCGAUGGUAGCCCUAUAUCCCGACAGUUGUGAUGGCAGUCUCGGAAAUGAAAUCAACGUAAAAUCAAAUAAGGUAGAAGUAUUGCUAGGUGGAAUGAAAUGGGCGUAUUUUAAGGAUUCAAAAUGUGAAGGAAGGAAUUUCCAAAGCAAUCGCCUUCCUAAUACCUUGUGGUCUUCUCAAAAACCCCAGAAUCCAAAAGAAUCUAAUGAUCCAUAUAUUGAUAAAUCUAAAGUUGAAUACGUUCUUACUGAUUUUGAAAAACGCUCUUAUGGUUUCUUAAAAAACAUAAAAAUAACUAUAUAUACUGAGUCUAAAUAUGUUCUGAAAUGUUUCGAACUAAAUGGCGAAGAAAGAAGGAAAUUAGAUUCCACUGCAAACUACUUGUCGAUUCUAUAUAAAAAAGAUAUAGAAAAUGGCAAUAAAGAACUGGCCUUACUGAUCAUGACCUCUUGUGAAAAUAUGGACAGAAACAUUAUAAACCUCAAAAACGAAAAAAUGGAAGUCUGGUUGUCGAAUGAUAAUUGGUCGUAUUUUGAAUACUUCAAAUGUAAAGGAAACACUUUUAGGAGUUCCCAACUGCCCGCCACAGAAUGGAUAUUGCAGGACUUCAAGGUCUCAGACACCCAGGUGAUUCAAGAUACGAAAGAAUCGAGAGUUAAACGUGUUUAUACACAUCUGGAUCCACCUUCCAACCCAAAGUUUGCAGACAUUAAAAAAAAUAUCAAGAUUACUGCGUAUUACAGGGAGUAUAUACUGAAAUGCUAUGAAUUAGAAGACAAGGCGGAACCUGGCAGUGUCCCAGUAUACAAAGCGAUAAUCGAAACGAAACCUCAAGGAUGGAAAGACAAACGCUUGCUAUUUUCAAUGGAUAUGAAAUCAUGUGAUAACAUGGACACGAACAUUAUGAACUUCUUUUUUGACAGUCGUUUUGAAGUUUUUACCGAAAAUGAUGAGUGGUUAUAUUUUGAAGGGUCUAAUGAAGGUUUUCAUUACAUUGAGUCCCGUACUCAAAACAGUAUUCCAGUUAGUAGGUGGAAAUUACAAAAGCCUUAAGUUACCCAGAACGACCCCAAAAAUGGACCUGUAUGUAUUCUUUUACCAGCUGCAAUUCAAAUAAAAUAAUAUAUAUUAUAUUUUUCUUUAAUAAAUUGAUCAUCUAAAAAUAUUGCGUUUUUUUAAAUU